UCAUGUGUCCUACAAAAACAGUUUCGGAGGCGUUGUUUUUUGCUUAAGCCGAGUUAUUCAAAUGGUUAUGUUCAAUGGGUAGCUAACUUAUGCUUGCCUUGACCAUCAGCCAGUUAGUUCUUCCUCCCCAACACUGACAACUGUCUAACAACUUAAAAUUGAAUCAAAUAAAUUAUCAGGAGAGGUGAUAUAUAUUCGUUUACAUAGUUCCAGGCAGAAGCUUAGGUUUCCUUACAUAGAAAUGGUAGCACAUUCAGUAAGAAAACGGAAAAAAAAUGAAAUGUGCGCUGCUGGCUAUUAUUUAAUGUUGUAUUCUUGUGACACUAUUAAGAAUUAUCAACGACUACCAACUUUAUUCUCAUCAUGUUUAAUGUAGGUUAUUAAAGAAACCUAGAUCUAGAUAGCCUACCUAGUUCAUCAUAAUGUAUGCUGUAUUAAUGCUUUACAUAUAUCUCAGAUAUAUUAUAUAUAUUUUUCUAUGUUACAGAUGAUGAUGCCGUAUUCAUGAAGUGGACUUGUAAAUUGUGCCCAUUUUCAACCUACAAUCAGAGAAACAUCAGAAGGCAUUACACUCUGAAGCACGGACACCACAGCCGUUUUUGCCCCUUGCCUUGCAUCUUUACUGACUGUUUUUUCACAUUCCGAAGGCAAGUUGACCUUAACAGACAUUUAUUCAAGCAACAUGGAAAACAGCAGGAGAAAGGGUCUUCAGAUCCACUGACUUUUCAAAUACUCUGUGCAUUGUGCAGCUUUUGUGAACAUUGUAACCUUAAACAGUAUUUAUCACAUUUGCGUAGCCAUCUGAAAAAUAAGGAAACCGUGAAGUGCCCUUACCAGGAUUGCUCAUUUCAAUCAACUGUAUAUUCCACCUUUACAGGACAUCUUAGUCGUUAUCACAGUUCUGCUGGCAUAAAGAAUUUAAGACUUGAGUUGGUACGCAACCAUUUAUGUGAGAAUGGUGAGGAAGCUCAGGACAAUACAGAUUUGCUUAGUUUCAAUGAGCCUGUUGCAGAUGUUUUAGAAAAUGUUGAAAUUACUGAUGAGGUGUGUUUGCAGCGUAAAUUGGCAUCCCUUUUCUUGCGCAUGCAAACGCUUCUUCACGUUUCAAAGACAGCCACUCAGGAAAUCAUUGAUGAGUUUUAUGAGGUUAGUGUGCUCACUGGGGAACUAAGCAAGAAGUCCAUAGAACAAGUACUUUCCCAGCACAACAUCAGUUUAGAGCCAUCAACAUUUACACUAAUAGCGGAUACAUUGGAUAAGUCAGUGCCACUUUCAUUCUUGUCAAAAUCUGGUGAAUUGGGCACAGAACAUAAGAGAGCUUCUUUUUUCAGGCAAAAUUUUAAGAUUAUUGAGCCAGUGGAGUACUUUUUGGAUUCAGCAAAGGGCAGGAAAGAGGUUCAUGUUCCGCUUUUACCUGUUCUGACAGAGCUGUUGAAUAGGGAUGAUGUCCUUGACAAGGCCUUAGACGAAGAUGUUGGGUCAAAUUGUGGAUUCUAUAAAAGUUUUCGUGAUGGGAAAUAUUUCCAAGAAAACAUUUUUUUCUCUGCAGGUGUGUUCCGAAUUGCCUUAGGGCUAUAUAUUGAUGAUUUUGAGGUGUGUAACCCUUUAGGUACUUCAAAGAAAAAACAUAAGAUUUGUGCUGUUUACUGGGUUUUGGCAAACCUACCCCUUCUUUAUAGGUCAUCCUUAACAUCAAUCAAUCUUGCUCUGUUGUGUCAUACUUCUGAUGUGAAAACAUAUGGAUAUUCUGCUGUUCUAGAGCCACUUCUUAGAGACAUUGAGCAACUAGAAACCAAAGGUGUAUACAUAGAAAGAUUAGGGGGCUGUGUUCAGGGUACAGUUGCUUUUGUAUCAGCAGAUAACUUAGCAGCUCAUUCACUGGCUGGUUUCCAAGAAUGCUUCAUUGUUGAUAAAUGCUGUAGGUUUUGUUCAGGAAGCCGGAAGGAUUUUCAGACCAGUCAAGUGAAAGAUGGGUCAUUCACGCUUCGUACAAGAGCAUCAGUGGACGAAAAUGUUUUGGCUCUGAGUAGGGAUAAAAAGCUGAAGAGCGUUGUGGGUGUAAAGGCUAACUGUGUUUUAAACAAUUUAAAACACUUUCAUUCAGCAACAGGGUUCCCACCCGACGUUCUACAUGACCUUUUAGAGGGGGUGGUUCCUGUUGAGCUCAGUUUGUGUUUGACUGAUUUAAUUGGCAGGGGCUGUUUUUCUCUUGAUGACCUUAAUUAUGCCAUCCAAAACUUUCCAUACAGGUUUAAAGACAAAACCAACCGUCCACAGAAAAUACAAGAAAGGUUUAAAACAACUGGCUCAAUUGGAGGUUUUCUUCUGGUUGAACCUGAAGAUUUGAACCACUACGAACCAUUAUAUUGCUACACCAUUCAAGGAAGACAGCUGGUCACAGCAAAAGCCUUUUUGCUUCAUUAAGAAUGUUGCUCAGAGUUGUUUUGGCACCAGAUGACAUCAGGAGGCUGUUGAUAGAAGAAAUCCCAGAGACUCUGGAGGGCUUCAAGUUGAUUCUGAGGACUAAGCUAAAUCUGGGUUAUGAGUUUGUAAUACAGUAUGAAGAUCCGGACUUCCAGAAUGAGUUGAUAAACCUCAACUGUCCCACAGAAUUGCCCAAGGAUAAAGCAACCCUCAAAAUAAUCCAGAAGAUGCCACCUGACCAACACUUGGUGACAGUUAGUGACAGCAGUACCCUUGACACUGCCAGCCUGUCAUCUGCUUCAUCAUCUACAGAAACCAGCCCACCUGAUAUGAUGAAGAACUGGUCUGAGCCCUUUAGCAUUCCAACUUUCUCUUAUGAUGUGGAACUGAAGCUGAAGAGAGGAAAUGAAGCAUAUGCCAAAGAUGGUUCCCGGAUAGAGGUCCUCAAGGGCCUCAAGAGUGAAAUCUUGGACAGACUUGUUGGAGAGAUGUUCAGAAUCGAUGCAUAUCCAUCACAGGUACAAAUUGAAGAAGUUGCCAAAGCAUUGGUAGAAAAGCAUCCCUGUUUAAGAGAGGUAGGGUCCACAGAUGGCUGGUACUGCUGGAAGUACAGUUUGAAUUUUAAAAUGGGCAAUUAUCGGCACAAGUUACGUGCUGCCGGGUGUACAGCAGUGUUGGUGAACAAGACUCGAAUGUUUGAAGAUGGGAAAACUAAGCGGAAGAUCAAGAAGCCAAGGCGAUCUGAAACCAACUUCCUUCCAGAUAUACCUGAUGAAGACACCUUUACUUCCCUUGAAGAGGACAGGAAGACACUUCUGAUGGAAUUUAAAAAGGUGAAUCCCAACAACAAGAUAAUUGAUGCAGCCAUGGCAAACACUUAUGCUUUGAGAAGAAAGGAGAUCGUUGAUGAUGAGCCUCUUGUGAGUAUGGUCAAAUCCAGAUGGCCUGCACUGUUCUCGGAGAGACAGAUCCUUGCGGAAUUCAGCCGUCUGAUGUCUACUGAUCUCCUGAGCUCCUUCUUUGGUGGACUUGAUGAAUAUCUGCCCAGGUUUCUUGACCUUUUCAGAAAAAAGGAUCACAUUGCAGAGCUCCAAGACAUUGUUAGAUGGCUGGACGCUCAUGAUUCCAAUCAGAAUAAGCGAACAGCAGUCUUACUUGGCAUGCCGCAUUUCCUUCGUGAAGAGCCCUCAAGCUUUCUUAAGACCUGUGAGCCAACUGAUCCAGUUGAAGAUACCUUGAAAGGAACCAGUGUCGGGAUCCUGAUUGUGUCUGAAGAGAUCGGCAGAUAUGUGGUCCCAAUCGAGACCAAUGACAUUUGUCUCGUCUUGGAGGAACAGCUGGCUGUCAUGAAUAUUUCUGAUAUUCCCAAGGCAUUCGGACUAAUGAUGGGUCUGAUGUAUGCGCUCAAUGUUGACUACCCAAAGCAUCUCAAAUAUACGUUUGAAGUAAUGCAAAAGCUUUUCUUGAAUGUCGGAGGGUGUAGCUGCUCUUCACGUGUUAAUGGUCUCCGUAACAGGCUGCUUUACAAAAAGUUGUAGUGCAGAAAUCUCCCCUAGCAUUUGGACUUGGUCUUCAGAUAUUUUUUUUGCUUUCAUAUUUGGACUUUGAAAGUGGAAACUGUUUGCCCCUUUAAAUGGCUCUUGGCAACUUGUUUUUCUGUUUUAUGCAAUGUAGCACAUGGGUUUGGUCCCGAAAGUGAAGGUUUUCUUUAUUCACUUUUGUAUUGUUUUGUGCCCUUUGCUCCCAUGUGUGGACUUUGAGAAUGUUAUCUAUGCUUAAAAGGGCAUAUUUUUUUUUACAGUGUACCACCUGAAAGCAGGUUGGAGGGGUGGGGGGGAUGCGUGCGCGUGUUAAAAACAAAAAAACUGUCUUCAUUUGCCAGGAGGAUGUUUUGUGUUCACCAGAGGUUGCAAGCAGUAGGGUGUCCCCUAAUAGUCCUGUUCCACCGAAGGCCCUCUGAUGAUUGUACGUCGUGCGUGCGUGUGCGUGCGUGCGUGCAUGUAUGUGUGUUGCUGGGAGAAUACAUAUUUAUGAAAACUUGUUUAGUUCAUGUGGCAAAUGGCUCUAGUACUGGCCAAGUACAAAAAACAUCAUUUUAUCUGAAAGUAGUAACAAAUAAUCAACAGUAACAUCUCACUGUUUACACAUUCAGACAUGUUAUUGAAAACUGAAUCUGCUGUAUGCUCUUUAGUACUCCGUCCACAGUAGCCUAGUUGGUUAAGAUUGUAUAGCAUUCCUCUUCACAAAAUGAGAAACCCUAUUUUUCUCCACUGCCUGGUAUUUGAGUUCAAUGUAUUCAGUGCAAAUACCUCUGCAUUUACCCCCACUGUUUCUAAGUAGGUUUGUUUUACAGGCUGGUAUGAUGAAUGCAGCUACAUAAACAAUCUGUGCUAAACUUCAAAAAGUCAACAUAAACCACAGUGCACAAUGCAUUAUGUGUCGCUUAGAAAAUACUGCAUCAGGCUCAACUUUCUGGACGCAUGCAAUCUGUAGCAUCACUCUAAAAGCUCUCUGGGAGUAUAAGCUGCAGUGCCGGCUGCAUAGGUUGUUCCAUCCUCAGAUCAGAAAUUUUGAGAAUGUGUUGUACUAAUAUGUUGUACUUGGUUUACUUCCAAAACGCAUUCAAAAUACACAUUUGUCAAACUUGUUAUGCCGUCAAAGCCUUGAGCAUGUUGUCUACAACAAUGGCAUAAGAAGUUGGACAAAUGUGUAUUUUGAAUGCGUUUUGGAAGUAAACCAGCAAAAACCUAAAAUGAUUUGUUUUGAAUACUUCAAGCUGACUUUUUUGUUGCCUUUUACACUCAUUUAUUGUACAGGGGUUCAGACUACACAGACACUUUUGUAUUGUUUUGUGCCCUUUGCUCCCAUGUGUGGACUUUGAGAAUGUUGGUAUCUGUUUUUUUUUACUUUUAUUACAGUGUUCAUAGCUCCCUGUCACUGAAUAUUUUUAUAAUUUCCCUUGUUUAAACUACAUGGAAGAGGCAGUGAAUGUUAAUAAAUAUGGAAAAGAAAAGAAA